UAGUUUGGAUGUCUGACCAAUGAGAGAGCUCGUGACAUAUUUACCAUCUUCACUGUUCCUAAGCCGGGCGGCCAUGAUGGCGAUGUCUACCUCUCUAUCCCUCCUGGUGAGGGGCCUCAGUACAUCAGCUGCCAGGCCAGCUGCUAUGGUCAAGGCUCCGAUCCAGGUGUUCGGUGUCGCUGGUCGUUACGCCACAGCGCUGUACUCUGCUGCCAGCAAGGAGAAGAAACUGGACGUCGUUGAGAAAGAACUGAAUGCACUUCAGGGUGUCAUUGAUGGCAACGUCAAACUACAGGAAAUAAUCAAGAACCCCAUCAUCAGUAGGGCUGAGAAGAAAUCUGUGGUCCUUGGUGUCCUGAAGGAACAGAAAGCUUCUCCCAUUGUUACCAACUUGGUUGACUUGCUGGGAGACAACAACAGACUGGGCGUGGUUUCUGGUGUGGCUAAGAACUUCAGUGACAUCAUGAGUGCCCACAGAGGGGAGGUCAUCUGUGAGGUCACCACGGCCAAGGCUCUAGAUGCAGCUACCAUGAAGAGCCUACAAGAUGCACUGAAACUGUUCCUUAAGAAGGGAGAGACCCUUAAACUCAACACAAAGGUUGACCCAGCCCUGAUUGGAGGGAUGGUUGUGAACGUGGGAGACCGGUUUGUCGACAUGUCCACGGCCAGCAAGAUCAACCGUAUGGCAUCGCUCAUACGCCAGCCCUUGUAGAGAACACACAACCAAGAUCCUAGUGUAAAACCUUCAAACAACAUGAUGAACUAUUUCUAAGUAUAUACAGUUCUACCAAUAGAUGGAAAUAUUCAGUGGUCAAAAUUGGGGGGUAUUGCCAUUUUUCCUUUUGGGAAAAGCAUACUGUCUUGCAGUGACUGUAAUUUCUCUGGAGUUGAAUUGCACUUUAAAUACCAAAACCAAGAUAGCAGUUCAUCUGUAACUUUAAGAUUGGUAUUCCUUAAUAAGACCCAACUACAAGUAAAACUCUUGCUGUGUGAAAGAUGUUGAAGGAAAUGUGUCAACCAUUGUGUAUGUAGUCUGAAUAAAGGAAAGAAUGGUUUCAACUA